ACAGUACAGUGUUAACGUUGGGUAUCUCUCUCUUUAUUUGUCGGUCGCUCACUGUUUCUCAGUUUCCACUCAGCUUAAACCUCACUCACAGAGAGAUCCAUGGCCAUAAUCUCAUUUUCACCAAUUUAUCUGCUACUACUCUUUGCCAGAUUCUCGGCUUUUACAGUUGCAUUUCUUGUAAUCACUUGGGCUCUUCAUUUCAAGACCAGCUUUCUCCCUCACACACAAUCCCAAGAAGACCUAAUUUAUUCUGUGCUGCAUCCUUUGUUAAUGGUGAUUGGUUUCAUUCUUAUUAGUGGAGAAGCAAUUUUGGUGCAUAGAUGGUUACCUGGUUCAAGAAAUUUGAAGAAAUCAGUGCAUUUGUGUCUUCAAGGACUUGCUCUGGCUUGUGGGGUUUUUGGAAUUUGGACCAAAUUUCAAGGACAAGACGGAGUUGUGGCUAAUUUCUAUAGUUUGCAUUCAUGGAUGGGUUUGAUCUGUGUCUCCAUGUUUGGGGCUCAGGUUUGUUCCACAUUCUUCUAAUUUGAAAUUCCUUUUACUCCCCGACGGUAUGGACACCGCAUUAUGUACGAGUAGUAUAUUCUUUUCUUUUAUUACCGGCUCUUUGGUGAGUAUGGGAUGGGGUCCCGUUACGAUAUGAUAUAAACAAAUAAAUAUAUUGUUUCAUUCAAGUUUUUACAACAAGUUUAUAGUUAGUUUAAAAUUUUAGAUGAGAUUGUUUAAGAUAUUUCGUUUAUUACUAUUAAUUUGAUUGAUUAUGAAUAAUAUAUUAUCGAACAUCACACCGUUGGACUUAGGUAGCAAGUAAUGUCUUGGUCACUGGAUUCAAUCAAUUAUGCUACUCAAUAAUGGAACUAGAUGGAGGGGCCUGGUUGGAUUAUUAUAGUAUUAUACAUACACCAAUCAAAUAUCCAAAAUACAGCAUUUGCUCAAUACAACACAAAUAAGUUUCGUUCGCUUGAUAUAUAUAUAUAAAGGGUCGACCAUGGACUAAAUGCAUGCUUGGUAAUGCAGUAUUAGAUAUGAUUAGACACUAUAAUAUAAAAAAAAUUAGCUUCAUUUUCUUUCUUAAUAUUGUUCAAUGCUAUCUAAUACCCUCUACCAAACAUGUAAUAAGGGUACCGUUGUACUGAUAAUCCAAUGUCCACUCCGACACAUAUCAGCUAUAAAUGCACAUUUUUACGAAUUAAGCUACUCAAAUAGGGCAAUUUGAUAGGAAUUUGUGAUAGAGCUGACGUGAUGAAUUGUGAUUUACCUGAUU